AUGUCACAGCAGGGUGCUGGUGCUGUUAAGGGCAUUCGAGGCGGGGAGAAGGUCCAGACCAUGGAGACCAAUCUCAGGAUUCUGAUUGAACGAUUCGCCAACAGUACUUCCCUCGAUGACUUCUUCGACUCGUUGGAGAUCAUCUACCGGGAUGCGGAUAAGGAUCCAGAACUCAAGGGAUGGUUCAAAAACAUCGACACCUUUUUCCGGAAAACCCUCCAGGAGCAAGGCUACGUUAUGCAGGAUGACUGCGACCGACAAUGGGACCAAUUGGCCGAUCAUGGCCGGUACCUGCUGCGUGAGCGAUACAGGGACCAUACCAACCGCGUUCUCGACGAGAUCAAAUUCAUUGGUGUUGAAUUCACCAAGGACCCACAGAACAAGGCUUUCGCUGAUUCCAUGGACAAGCUUUUCCUGGACCUUGGCCGCGAUGCGAAUGGAAAUGUCGCCUUCAAGAGCCACUUGCUGAAGGAUAUCAGGGAUGUGAUUCUUCCAGGAGCGUUUGAGAACGUCCGAUACGUGCCUAUCCCCCGUAUCGAAGUGUCCGACCCAAUGGCCGACGUCGUCGUUGAGAACUUGGUGAUCGAAAGUGACAACCUGAUGCCGAAUGUCGUGGAGUUCGGCAGUGACAACUACUUCCGCUGGGGCCGCAAGAAGAUCAGCAACAAGCACGACAACAAGAUUAUGAUCUCGGUGUCCGGCAUCCAGGCUGACCUGAGAGAUGUCAGCUACCACAUCAACAAGAAGCAGGGCUUCCCCUCCAUCACCGAUACCGGUAUUAUGGACAUCUUCCUUGGCGGCGAAGGCUUUGGCUUCAAGAUCGCUGCUUCCACUGCUCACAAAUCUGACCGUCAAAACUUUGUUAAACUGGACAAGGUGACGGUCAAGAUUACCGAUCUGAACAUCAAGCUGAAGAAAUCUAAGCACAAGGCUCUCUUCACCAUCUUCAAACCCAUGCUCUUCCGCACGGUCCGCCCCGUUCUACAGAAGGUUCUCGAGGAACAGAUCCGGGACGCUUUCACCCGCGGCGAUGCCUUUGCUUACGAGGUCCACACCGAGGUUGAGCGCGCCAAGGAAGCUGCCCUGAACGAUCCUGCCGACGCUCCUAACAUCUAUAGCCGGUACGUGGAUGCCGUCCGGGCUCGUAUGGAUCAGAAGAAGCGUCAAGCCCAGCAGGCCGCCCAGCAGGCCGCCCAGCGCGAUACUAAGGUUCAAACGGCAACCACCAUGCACGACUCCUUGUUCCCUGACAUUCACCUACCGGGCGGUAUCUCGUCCAAGGCUACCGAAUACAAGGAACUUGCCCAGAAGGGUGAUCGCUGGGAAUCACCCAUCUUCACCAUCGGCUCAGCUUCCGAGUCCACGGACAUUCCUAGCCUGGCGGACAUCACCCGCAAGCCUCAUCCUAAGACGCAACCCCAACUGUCUGACACAGGUCACACCAACGGUACUACCGCUACCAACGGUGCCACCCACGGCGCCACUAACGGUGCGGCCCACCGUGCGACCAACGGUGCCGCCAACGGCGCGAGUAAAGGAUACAUCGGCUCGCAUGGCUUAUCCGACGAAAUGGACCAGGCCUUCAGCAACGGUGCUAAUACCUCGAAGACCACUCAAUCGCAGGGACCGACUAUCCCAGGCUCGGAGACGGCUUUCAACCCUCAGACAGCGUGA